AUGGAGAAAUAUCGUAUACUGGGAAAGAAAGGUGAAGGAACGUUCUCAGAAGUUCUGAAAUGUCAGAAUGUACGCGAUGGAACGUACUGGGCAGCGAAAAAGAUGAAGCAAUUGUAUAAAAGUAUGGAUGAAAUUCAGCAAAUUCGUGAAAUACGUGUUUUGAAACAACUCAAUGGUCAUCCGAAUAUCAUCUUCCUUCGUGAAAUAAUCUUUGACAAACGAUCAGGUGUACUAUGCUUGAUAUUUGAACUAAUGAAUCUGAAUCUAUACGAAUAUAUUCGCGGCCGACAACGAUUGCUAUCGAGUGAAAUUGUAUGCAAAUUUAUGUAUCAAUUAAUUAAAGCUCUCGAGUUUCUACACAGACACACCUUCUUUCAUCGCGAUGUCAAACCCGAGAAUAUCCUGAUCAAAGAUGAUAUUUUGAAGUUAGCUGAUUUUGGAUCAUGUCGACAAACUCUAUCCAAACAACCAUUUACCGAAUACAUCUCAACUCGAUGGUACCGGGCGCCAGAAUGUUUACUUACAGAUGGAUACUAUCGAAAUCAAAUGGAUAUUUGGUCUGCCGGUUUAUUUAUACCCAAAGGUUGCGUGAUGUAUGAGAUCAUCACAUUGAAACCGUUAUUUCCUGGUAGCAACGAAAUCGAUCAAAUGAAUCGAAUUCAUGACGUGUUGGGUACGCCGUCGCCUAGCGUACUCGACAAAUUUCAACACCGAAAUACGGCGAUCGAUUUCAACUUCCCUCCCCGUGCCGGCACUGGCAUUGCUCGAAAUCUUGCACAUUGCACGUCCGACACAGUUGAUCUCAUUAAUCAACUAUGCAUUUAUGAUCCAGAUCAUCGUUUAUCAGCUGCGAAGGCUCUCCGACAUCCAUAUUUCGAGGUGAUACGCGCCCAAGAAGCUGCUCAAUUGCAGGAACAACAGAAUAUUCAAUUAGAAAACGGAGUUCGUCUAGUGAAAACCAGUGAAGAUCGAUAUGAACGAUCCGAUUCGAGUGAUAGUAAAUCGAAUGCAGCAGACGAAAGUAUCUCUCCGAGAUCCAACCCUCACAUGUCGUCAACAUUACACCACUCGCCAGUAAUGAGACCUGAUGUGAAUCGAUUAAUCUAUGUCCCAGGCAAAAGUCAAUCAUUAGUUGAUGCUGGUAUUCAAGGUCAACCUAUGAAAAAAUCCAUCAAACCGUAUCCAAUGAAUACGAAGAUGAAAUAUACACAUUCGAAUCCUCCUCAAUCACAUGCUAAUCAUGCACAAACGUUUUACAAUAGUCUAUCGUCAUUAGGAACAAAUCAUUUACAUUAUCAAACUCACGCUACUCGAAAAACAACGAAAAACGGUCCUACGCCGUUUCUACCAUCGGUAUCAGGUGCUUCUGCUUUUUCCAAUUAUUCAACGAAUAGUGGUCAAUCUUCCUCAAUAGUCAAUACCAAAAACUCCUCUCCGGCCAAAAAUCUGGUUGGCUAUUAUCCAAUCAUGUCCUAUCGGCCAUACAAAAAAUGA